CUCUAUGAUCAUCAAUGUUUUGACGUUGAUAACUUAAAGGGCUAACUGCUCUUAUAAAUCCUUGGUCGUGGCGUGGGCCACCAGUCACCUAUGAUUUUGUUGGAUGUUGAGAAAGUGUGUCAUGUUGUUCCCAGAAUUGGCUUUGGGAAAAGGGUUAUCGAUCGUACUGAUAAGCAGCACAUUUAAAAAGGCUGGGACGUUGUCUUACUAGAAAAUAACGACAGAUACAAAGAAGGGAGACGGCCUGGGAUAACAGACAGAGAAAAAGCAUCAGAAAAUAGAAUUUGAUAUAGUCAAGAGAAAAAUGACACUUGCAGUUACUGCAGUAUGCAUGGUCAGCGUGUUUUUUGCUGUUGGGGUUUUUUGUCUGCCACUGCCAGACUCGGGGCCUCAUAUAGCCAACGGAUGGGGUCAGACGGUCCGGCUCAGACAUCUGUAUGCGGCCAAACACGGAUUGCACUUGCUAAUCAACGAGAAUGGCAAGGUGCACGGAUCUCCUGAGCAGAGCUCUUACAGUUUGGUGGAAAUCCGACCUGUAGACACGGGCUGUGUCGCAAUCAAAGGAGUAGCAGCCUCGCAGUAUCUCUGCAUGGAAGGGAAUGGAAGACUGUAUGCAUCGAAAACCUAUAUGAAAGAUGACUGCUCCUUCAAGGAAAACAUCCUCCCAGACGGCUACAAUAUUUAUGUCUCUGACAAGCAUGGGACCCUGGUGAGCCUGGGUGGCAGCAGGCAGAGGCUCCAGGGGCGAGACAGAGGCAUUCCUGCACUGUCCCAGUUUCUACCAAGGGUGAGCACCCUGCCCCUGGAUAUAACAACAGAUUUGGAGUUGUCAGCCCACCCUGAGCAAGGCCCUCAGUCAGGCCUGGACAUAGACACUAUGGAUGCCUUUGGGAAACUUUCCCAGAUCUCGAUCCAAAGCCCAAGUUUCAAUAAGAGAUGAGCAACUGAUGGUGCUAACAUGCAAUCUAUACUAAGAAGCAUCUACAUCUACAAGGUGUCUCCAAACUCAAAAUUUGUUUUUGGCACAUGACAUUAUACACCACUCCAAACAUACAGGCCCAAGAAGAACCGGAUUGAAAUCAAUUGUAGUAUUUAUUUCAUUAUAAUUUUUUAAAACUUUACUUUUAGCCAUAUUAUUUAAUGAAAAUACUUGAUCCAUGUAUUUUGAAAAACUAAUAUGGGGCUCUGUAUGCACUUUGUCUACAUUUUUUCGGAAGUUUACAUACACUUAUGUUGGAGUCAUUAAAACUAGUUUUUCAAC